CUCACGCUUUCGCCUUGCUCUCUCUCUCUUUCUCUCUUUCUCUGUCUCUGCAAAGUACCUGAAGCUCUCUCUUUCCCGAGAAAGUUGCACCAGAACCCUUUGUCGUCGAUCGCUUCAUUUGGCUUUUAGUCAACACACACGCAGAGACGCGUACAGUCUCUCUCUCGUUUCUUGGAUCAUAGCCGUUGUCGUUAGUCUUGCGUGGGAAAGGGGAGAGAGAGGGAGAGAAUGGUCAAGGAGGGAGAUCAGACAGUGACCAUCCAUCUGCUGAAGCAGAAGAUGGCCGAGUUCGCUGAGGAGAGAGACUGGGAUCACUUUCACAGCCCCAGGAACCUCCUCUUGGCUCUGGUGGGCGAGAUCGGGGAGCUGUCGGAGAUAUUCCAGUGGAAAGGGGAGGUGCCGAAGGGCCUUCCGGAUUGGGAAGAGGAGGAGAAAGUGCACUUGGGCGAGGAGCUCUCGGACGUGCUGCUCUAUCUGGUCAGGCUCUCCGACAUCUGCGGCAUCGACUUGGGCCGAGCAGCCCUCCGCAAGGUCGAGCUCAACGCCCUCAAGUAUCCCGUCUCUCUCUCCAAAUUGGCCUCCUCCAAGAAGCAAGAAGCCAUCACCACCAAAACCCUUGUUGGCAAUAGUGAUACUGCUGGCGCUGUUGUGGCCGAGAGUGGUUGAUCAUGUUGAGCUUCUUUUCAUUUUGAUCCAAAUAA